UGAAAAAAUCAUCCAAAAAGAGGGUGGAUUUAUCUUCUUCGAUCGAUUUGGAUGUGCUUGCAGAAAAAAAGAUUGCACAGUUUGUACCAAAAUACAUCCCGAUGCCUUCUCCUCAUAAUCUUGUCCAAGAAUCAUUGUAUUAUGAUCCUUGGAAGCACCUCAUUGCGACUAUGUUUUUGAAUCGUACUCGAGGCAGUCAAGCAUUACCAUUUUUGUGGAAAUUUUUAGAUGAAUAUCCAACACCACAAAUUGCAAUUAAGGCUGAUAUCAAUAAAUUGGCCGAUCUUUUACGCCCUCUUGGAUUGCA